UAAAACAGUGAAACUGUGAUGAAGAUUUUGUCUGAAGAUUGUGACAGUUGUAGUUGGUGCUGUAAAAAAAUCAUUAAUAUGAAUUAUAAUAUUAAAUCAGGUAUUUUCUUUUAGCCUUAAUGAUUUCAUGAUGUAAUGAGGGAAUCGUUGGGGCGUCGAGGGUUUGUUGCUUCAAGUGGAUAAUUUCCCCAUCCUGAUGAUCAGACGACUGUGUCAGGGAUCCUUCAGAACAACAAAAAGACUUCGAGGACUUCAGAGACUUCUUCAGAAGAACAACCAGAAAAACAUCACAGCUGAGUCUGGACAGGACGUCACUCUGACAUGUCGAGCUCCAAACAACAACAUCAUAGUUGUAAAGUGGAUCAUAUCCUACCUUCCAAAAGAAUAUGUUGUUUUAUAUCGGGAUGGGCAGUUUGAUCCAGAAAACCAGCAUCCAUCUUUUAAGAACCGGGUGGAUCUGCAGGACAGACAGAUGAAGGAUGGAGACGUGUCUUUGAUUCUGAACAAUGUGACGAUAAAUGACACUGGAACAUACGAGUGUCGUGUCGUCCAGGGAGUCAGACAACCGUUGAAGCUGAUCAGCAUCAUCUACUUGAUUGUUGUUCCUCCAGGUCAGCCAGGAGGAGACAACAAAGAUGAAGGUGGGAGGAAGAGGGAUGGACCUGUAGGACUGAUUAUUGGUCUGUCAGUUUCUGCUGUGCUUCUUGUUGCUGCUGUUGUUUUUUGGAUCUUCAGAAAAUAUAAACAACGACAGAGUCGGAAUUCAUUCCAGCAUCCUAGUGAAAUGCAGCAGCUUUGAAAUGUCUCAGAGCUUCUUACAUGGUGAUGCUGGGUAAGAGAAGCAACAAAGGCAGGAGUAAAUCUGAUUGAAAUCUGAGUAAAAAGAUUUUACAGCUGAGAUGAUGUUAAAUAAAAAGCUAAGUGUCUCUCAAUAGUAGUAUCAUUAUCUUAGGGACUAAGUAAAGUGCUAUACAAAUGCAGGCCAUUUACCAUUUGCCAUCAACAGGCAAAGUUUACACUAGAUGCUGCCUAAUAUUGAAUAAAACAUUAAACCAUUUCUGUUAGCAUUUCAUGUUCUUUACAUGUAUUAAAUGCAGAUGAUGUUUGGCUUCUGAUGUAUUGGAAAAUUGGACUGUGGUGUCUUGUACCUGAUAGAAUCUGAAUCUUCAGCAGCUGUUUAUAUGUUUCCUCUGAUCUGUGAAGCUUUUUGAACUUUUCAUUCUGUUUUCUGGUUGUCAGUUUAAAUGUUUCAAGAGCUGGUCACAUUUUGUUAUUCAUUUAUUUUACUCUUUUUGAAUGUUUUUACUUAUAAAUGUUUUAGCCUAAUUGUUGUCUUAUUUGAGUCUAUUCAUGUGUUUUUGUGGCUGUAAAUGUUUUUUUCUCUUUUCUCUCUUUCUCUUUUGAAGCAGUUGAUGCAGAUUUGAUCUCAGCUGCAGUCAGCCCAAAUAGAUCAUAGAAAACCAAGAAUAUACCUCAAAUAAUCCAGAAACUGUUUAACUGCAUCAGACUGACAGCAAGUGGAAAGUUGUUUUGAAUGAAUUGAAGGAGGGUGAAGGGAAGAAGGAUGGACCUGUUGGACUGAUAGUUGGUCUCUCAGUUUUUGAAAUUCUUGUUGCUGCUGGUGUUUCAGUUUUUUUUGAUAUACAUAAAACGUAAACAAGAACAGAGUAAGGAUUCAUACCAGCCUCCAGCUGAACAGCAACCUGUUUGAAAUGUCCCAGAGAUUCUUAAAUGAUGAUGGUGGGAAAAGGAAGCCAGAAUAUCAAUAGAAAAUCUGACUGGAAAAACUAAAACAAUAGCAUCCGAGCACGAAACAAAAACAGCUGCAUAUUUUCCAAGAAAUUUCACAGAAUGAACAACGGUUUGAUUAGUAAGCUAAUGUUAGGCUUAAAUAACAGAAGAGGUGAACGUCAAUUCCUCCAUGACACACAUCGUGCCUCAAGUAAGAGAAAACAAAACACAUUAUAAAAUAAGGAAGAACACAAGUCAAGGAACAUCUGUCAGGCCAACAGACACACAGGAUGGAGGAGAGAGGGAGGAUGGAUCUGUUGGAUUGAAAGUUGUCUGCUGGGUUUCCUUUUGCUGCUGUUGUUGGUUUUAUGAUCUACUGGCCUACACGACAAAAACAGAAUUUUAACUAUGUAUGUUAAAUAAAAGCUAAGAGUCCCUCAAGAAAGACGGGGGGGGAGGAAACAUAUAGUAUCAAACAACUAUUAAAAAUUAUUAUUACGAAAAAUAUGGAGGAUCAGUUAUCUGUCAGCCCAAGACAGAAAACUGCAAUUAUUAAAACAUAUUAUUAUUUUUAACUGCAAUGUUUAACUGUUUAAGCACAGUUUAAAGAAUUGAAAUCAUAUUCUCAAGCAUCUGUUGGAAAGUCCCAAGAAAUGAGUCUGAUCCAGCAAGAAUUAAAGUUGUUCUAAUUAACACUGAGCUGAUAAGUUGCCCAAAAUACUGCCUACUGGAAUAUAAUGAACUAAAGUUAAAGCGAACAUCUUUACGUAUAUAUUUUGUAUUAUGUGUGUAAUUUAGUUAAAGAACAUGUAUAAAUGGUCCAUAAUGUAUUGGAAAUGUGCAAAUGAUAAUAAAAACAGCAACAUUUUA